AGUGGCUGCUGCUGGGCCUCUGCCUCAUCCUGAUGCUGCGCUCAACCGGCCUGACCGUUCGGAUUUUCACACAGCACAGCAGGAAGCCCCCGUGGAUGAGAGCUGAAUGGUGGAGCUGGGACUAGACACCAGUGUGACUGUGCCUGUAUGCUAAGAGCUCAAGAAAGCACCUCAUUGCAUAUUUCUUGUACAUCACUCUGCCAGGACCAGGUCCUGGAUGGGCUUGCCACUAGGAGUUCUACGUGGGCACUGGGGUUCAGCUGGAGCGCACCUGGUAAGGAUGGGCAAGAGGUCUAACCGUACCAUUGCUGGAGUCCAGCCCAACAGAUCAGGAAAGAGACCUUCAGCAGAAAACCACUUGAGGCCUCUAACACCCCCUUCUGCGCCACCACCCCCCGACCCCCCAUGGCCUGAGAGAGACCGCCUGGCAACGUCUGGACUGCCCUCUGGUACCGGGAGCGGGUCUGAGAGGGGCCGAGACCACAGGUCAUUGGGACAGAGCAGAAGCUCCUCCAAGAAGUCCUGGAGCGGGACUCCCGCCCAGCUCCGCCCCCUAGGAGUCAGGGCCCCGCCCCUGCCCCGUUGAGUCCCGGAGAAGUUGCCCCCGCCCAGCCGCCGCCGCGCGGCUUCUUUCAGCACCGCGUCGCGGACAGCUCCCGGGCGGCCGCGGAGGGGAGGAGGCGCGGCGAGCGGCCGGCCGGGGAGGGCCGGGGAGGGCCGGGGAGAGCAGCAGAGGGUAGACGCAGGCGGGCGGGCGGGGCACGAAGCCCCGCGGCCCUCCCCGGGGGCGGCGCCCGCCCGGAGCCGGACGCUGCGGAGCCAGAGGGCAGACGGAGACGCAGGGAGCCGGGGCGCUGGUGGCUCCAGGCAGAGGCCGCAGCCGAAAGAUGCCGGUCCGCAGGGGCCACGUCGCGCCCCAAAACACUUACCUGGACACCAUCAUCCGCAAGUUCGAGGGCCAGAGUCGUAAGUUCCUGAUCGCCAAUGCUCAGAUGGAGAACUGCGCCAUCAUUUACUGCAACGAUGGCUUCUGUGAACUCUUCGGCUACUCCCGAGUGGAAGUGAUGCAGAGACCGUGCACCUGCGACUUCCUCACAGGCCCCAACACCCCACGCAGUGCCAUGUCCCGCCUGGCGCAGGCCCUGCUGGGGGCCGAGGAGUGCAAGGUGGACAUCCUCUACUACCGCAAGGAUGCCUCCAGCUUCCGCUGCCUCGUGGAUGUGGUGCCCGUGAAGAAUGAGGAUGGGGCCGUCAUUAUGUUCAUCCUCAACUUUGAGGACCUGGCCCAGCUCCUGGCCAAGCGAGGGAGCCGCAGCCUGUCCCAGCGCCUGCUGUCCCAGAGCUUCCUGGGCUCCGAGGGCUCUCAUGGCAGGCCAGGUGCACAGGGACCUGGCCCGGGCAGGGUCAAGUACAGGACCAUCAGCCAGAUCCCGCAGUUCACACUCAACUUCGUGGAAUUCAACCUGGAGAAGCACCGCUCGGGCUCCACUACGGAGAUUGAGAUCAUCGCACCCCACAAGGUGGUAGAGCGGACCCAGAACGUCACCGAGAAGGUCACCCAGGUGCUGUCCCUGGGUGCGGACGUGCUGCCGGAGUACCAGCUGCAGGCACCGCGCAUCCACCGCGGGACCCUCCUGCACUACAGCCCCUUCAAGGCCGUGUGGGACUGGCUUAUCCUGCUGCUGGUCAUCUACACGGCCAUCUUCACGCCCUACUCGGCCGCCUUCCUGCUCGGCGACCAGGACAAGCCUCAGCGCGCGGACUGUGGCUACACCUGCAGCCCGCUCACCACGGUGGACCUCAUCGUGGACAUCAUGUUCGUCGUGGACAUCGUCAUCAACUUCCGCACCACCUACGUCAACGCCAACGACGAGGUGGUCAGCCACCCCCGCCGCAUUGCCGUCCACUACUUCAAGGGCUGGUUCCUCAUCGACAUGGUGGCCGCCAUCCCCUUCGACCUGCUCAUCUUCCGUACUGGCUCUGAUGAGACCACAACCCUGAUCGGGCUGCUGAAGACGGCUCGGCUGCUACGGCUGGUGCGUGUGGCUCGCAAGCUGGACCGCUACUCUGAGUACGGGGCAGCAGUGCUCUUCCUGCUCAUGUGCACCUUUGCACUCAUCGCACACUGGCUGGCCUGCAUCUGGUACGCCAUCGGCAACGUGGAGCGGCCCUACCUGGAACCCAAGAUCGGCUGGCUGGACAGCCUGGGAGCGCAGCUCGGCAAGCGCUACAAUGGCAGCGACCCAGCCUCAGGCCCCUCGGUGCAGGACAAGUAUGUCACGGCCCUGUACUUCACCUUCAGCAGCCUCACCAGCGUGGGCUUCGGCAAUGUCUCACCCAACACCAACUCUGAAAAGGUCUUCUCCAUCUGCGUCAUGCUCAUCGGCUCCCUCAUGUACGCCAGCAUCUUCGGCAACGUGUCGGCCAUCAUCCAGCGCCUGUACUCGGGCACGGCGCGCUACCACACGCAGAUGCUGCGAGUCAAGGAGUUCAUCCGCUUCCACCAGAUCCCCAACCCGCUGCGGCAGCGCCUUGAGGAGUACUUCCAGCACGCCUGGUCCUACACCAACGGCAUCGACAUGAACGCGGUGCUGAAGGGCUUCCCCGAGUGCCUGCAGGCCGACAUCUGCCUGCACCUGCACCGCGCGCUGCUGCAGCACUGCCCGGCCUUCCACGGCGCCAGCAAGGGCUGCCUGCGCGCGCUCGCCGUCAAGUUCAAGACGACGCACGCGCCGCCCGGGGACACUCUGGUGCACCUCGGCGACGUGCUCUCCACGCUCUACUUCAUUUCCCGCGGCUCCAUCGAGAUCCUGCGCGACGACGUAGUGGUGGCCAUCCUCGGAAAGAAUGACAUCUUUGGGGAGCCCGUUAGCCUCCAUGCCCGGCCGGGCAAGUCCAGUGCAGACGUACGGGCCCUGACCUACUGUGACCUGCACAAGAUCCAGCGGGCAGACCUGCUGGAGGUGCUGGACAUGUACCCCGCCUUCGCAGACAGCUUCUGGAGUAAGCUGGAAGUCACCUUCAACCUGCGGGAUGCAGGCGAGGGUCUCCAGUCAUCACCCCAACAGGCCCCAGGCAGCCAGGACCACCAAGGCUUCUUCCUCAGUGACAACCAGUCAGGUGCAGCCCCUUCCCUGAGCAUCUCAGAUGCAUCUGGCCGCUGGCCUGAGUUGCUGCAGCAAGUGCCCCCCAGGCCAAGUCAGAGCCCCCCAAACCCUCAGGGAGACCCAGACUGCUGGCCUCGGGAGCUAGGCUCCAGGCUAGAGCAGCUCCAGGCCCAGAUGAACAGGCUGGAAUCACGCAUGUCCUCAGACCUCAGCCGCAUCCUGCAGCUCCUUCAGCAGCCCCCGCCCCAGGACCACACUGGCUACAUUCUGGGAGCCCCUGCCUCCAAUGACCUGGCCUUGUCUCCUUCAACCUCAGCAACUCAGAGUCCAGGAACUAGACUACUACCCCAGGGCGAUCUGCCCCCUGCACAGGCCCCCAGUUAUGGUGACCUGGACGAAUGGAGGCCGAAGCUCGGGAACUCCUCCUCCAGGAUGCUGGCCCCAGCCACAGAAAUGGACAAAACUACAACACCGUCCUCAGAACAGAAGCAGCCUGAGGGGCUCCCGUCACCCUUGGCCUCGCCUCUGCAUCCCCUGGAGGUACAGGGACUUGUCUGUGGUCCUCACUUUCCCUCGCUCCCUGAACACCUCAGCUCUGUCCCCAAAUAGCUGGAGUUCCAGAGACAUGGCUCAGAUCCUGGAUUUGUGAGGAGCUAGAGCCACUGUACCCCAAGAUAAUAGACACCAGGAAGGAACUGAAGGCGGGUGAGGCGACAGUUAAGGAUUUGGGGGAGGCAGACAGCCUGUAAACUGAAAACCAUUUACCUAGAGUAGCUACAAACUGCCAAUCCAGGUGACCCAAGAUGGCUUGGGCCAAGAGGCUCAGGACUUCUCCCAACCUCCCGCAGGUCUCUAUUUAGACAGCAGGCCUGGUGGAGGGGGGGUGAGCCUCAGGUGUAGAGGUAGCUUAUGGGACAGAGGGCUCAGUGAAGAACAGAGACCUUCCUGAUCUACUGUGUGAGAGCCUUGCUCUGUGCCAAUUACGAUCACCUCCCAGCUCAGAACUCUCCCCCACCACCCAGCCAGCCCCCAAGGUUGGUCAAGACCUCCCGCCGAGAGCUUGUGAACCAGCUGGAGAUGAAAGUGUCCUCUGUAGUGGACACAUCAGGGACAGAACUCCAGCCCCCAGCCACUCUGCCCCUGAUGGUUCUGUGAGGACCUUUGGGACCCUAGGGGACAAUGGAGUGAGUGUCUCAGAGCUAAUAAAGUCUGCACACUUCAUGUUGGGCUGGGUGUGUAACUUACGUAGGGUCAUCAGGUCCUUGAUUGUGCUGUAACUGACAGCUGUGAUCUUCUCCAAGUCCCUCUCCCAAGGAGCUGUGUGUUGGGGACCUGAAGGUGGAUCCACCAUGUUCAGGAGUCCCCGGAACAGGGGGCUUUUAGCCAGGUUGGGGUGAAGGGAAGCAGAGAGGCGCUGGCGUGGUGGCCAUAGGGAAUCAUGACAACAGCCAGCGCUUCCAUAGCACUCACCCUGUGUUGGGGGACACCGUGCUGACUGCCCUGCAGAUAUUAGUUCAUCAACUCUUUACAACAACUAUAUGGGGUCAGUAUUAUUAUCCCCAUUUUAAAGAUGAGGGAUCAGAAGCAGAGAGACACUAAGAAAUUUACCCAAGCAGGAGGGAAACUUCUGGGGUGCUGGUACUCUUCUAUUUCCUGAUCUAAGUGCUGAUUGCAUCAAUGUGUUUCAGGUUGUAAAAACAUGUGCACUUCUAUGUGUAAACUAUACUUUGAUUUAAAAAAAAUAUUUCCCAAAAACAUAUCAAAAGGAGGACAUAAUUUCAACACAGAUGGUCUGGUUUGAGAACAUGUGCAGUCAACUA